AUGGCCAUGUUGCUUGUUCUGCCGCUGCUACUCCUUGUGUUGCCGCUCGUUGCUCCCUACCUGCCAUGGCAGCACUGCGGAAGCAGCGGCAACGACACGGCCGGCAGCAAGUACCAAGCCAACUUGCAGCUCCUCUCCACGAGCCUCCCGUCAAACGCCUCUUCCUCCCCUGCCCUCUUCACCAAGGCCAGCGCCGGCGCGGUCCCAGACCAGGUCUUCGCCCUCGCCCUUUGCCGAGGCAACACCAACGCUUCAUCCUGCCUCAGACUGCACGACGCGCGCCUUCCGUGA